AUGGUGAUAUUGAGUGAAGGGAGUUUAGCGUUGCUUCAAAACUGGCCACCGAGGAAGCAAAAAGAUCCAGGGAGUUUUACUAUUUCUUGCAACAUUAGUGAUUUUGUUGAUGAAAAAUCCCUAGAAAAUUUAGGAGCUAGCAUUAAUGUAAUUCCCUACACCAUGUUUAGGAAAUUGGGGCUAUUUAACCUUAAACCAACUAGGAUGACAUUGCAACUAGUGGGCCACUCAAUUAGACAUCCUAGGGGAAUCGUAGAAGACGUUUUGUUCAAGGUUGACAAGUUCAUUUUCCUGGUAGAUUUUGUAAUUCUAGAUGUAGAUGAGGAAGUUAUUUUCUCAUCUAUUGAUGUUAGCAAUGGUAAAAUGACACUUAGGGUUGGGGAUGAGGAAGUUAUUUUCUCUUUAUCAGAUGCAAUGAAACACCCUUCUACUUUCGAUAACACUUGUUAUUUUCUGGAUGGAACUUACUCACUUGUUGAUGAAUGUGUGCAGGAAAUGAUGCACGAGGAGUCUUUUGAGGAGUCAUUGGAAGAUCCUCAUGUUGAAGAUGCCAUCCCAUUGCUUACAUCUACCGUUGUUGAUGAAACCAUGUGA